AUGGGGGCUGAGAACCUCUCUUCUGUCACAGAAUUCAUUCUGGUAGGACUCACCAACCAUCGCAAGACACAAAUUCUUCUCUUCCUGGUCAUCCUCCUCAUCUAUGCCCUCACCGUGGUGGGGAACCUCGUGAUCAUCAUGCUGGUACAAGGCGACGCCUCCCUCCACACCCCCAUGUACUUCUUCCUCUCAAAUCUUUCGGUCCUGGAGAUCCUCUAUGUCACCUCCAGCCUGCCCCAGAUGCUGGCUCAUCUCUUUGCUGGAAACGGAGCCAUCUCCUUCACCCGGUGUGCUUUUCAAAUGUACAUGGUGAUUUGCCUGGGUAGCGUCGAGUGUUUUCUGCUGGGCGCCAUGGCUUAUGACCGCUACUUGGCCAUCUGCCGUCCCCUGCUAUAUGUCACCGCCAUGGGUAGGUGGCGUCAAGUUCAGCUUGCCUCAGCCUCUUGGGCAACUGGCUUCGUUCUUGCUUCAGUAAAUGUGGGCAUCACCCUUCACCUUCCCUACUGUGGUCCCAACCGCAUCAAUCAUUUUUUCUGCGACAUGCCCAUUGUGUUGAAGCUCGCAUGCGCUGACAUAUGUGAGACAAAGCUCACUAUUAUUACAGUGGCUGCACUGGCUAUUGUAAUUCCCUUUUUUGUUAUCCUCAUGUCUUACAUGCUCAUAUUGGUGACUGUGAUACGCAUGCGGUCAGCAGCCGGGCGGCGCAAGGCCUUCUCCACGUGUGCCUCCCACUUGAUAGUGGUCAUCUUAUUCUACAGCAUCCUCAUCUUUGUGUACCUGACACCCGGGUCAGAUGCAGCACCUGAUCGUGACAAAGAACUUGCGGUCCUAUAUAUUUUGGUCACCCCACUGCUCAAUCCGAUCAUUUAUUCCCUGCGCAACAAGGAUAUCCAUGGGGCUGUGUCCAGAAUGCUGCAAAGACGGAGCUUUAAACAGAGAAGAUGA